AUGCCGAAACUAAUGCUUCUCUCUAUUUCUGAAAAGGAGGUUAAUGUGUCAGUCAAUGAUGGUCUUAGCGUUGCAGAAAACACUUCAUUUGAAUUAUUGUGCGAGAGCUCGAGCAAGCCGAUGCCCUUCUUGUACUCAUGGAUUUGGAUGGGAAGAAAGUACAAUAAUGCCAGCCUUGAGGUUCCAGGUUUAUCAAGAUUCGAUGAGACCAAAGUCGCAUGCUAUGUAAGCAACAAAAUGAUCCCAACAAGUGGACUUCAUCAGAUCGGAACAAACAACAGCAGUCUUUUGAUAAACAUUCUACAUCCUCCUGAUAUUAAUCAAAUGAAUGAUACAGAUGUUGUAGAAGGAUCAAAUGUUACGCUUACAUGUCCAGUGAAGGCCGGAAUUCCAAAUGAUACAAGAGUUACAUGGACAAGGGAGGAUGAUGACAAUCACUGGUCUGGAACACUAUUAACGAUACAGAAUGUGUCAAGGACGGACAGCAUGAUUUAUACUUGUACGGUCAAAAACACAAUGGUAAUGACGGGAGGAAUAUCUAAAGAGGGAAAGAAUCAAAGAAACACUGCUCUGAACGUUUUGUAUGAAGCCACUAUAAUCAAAUUUUAUGUUAGUGAACAUGAUGUAAGCGACACAGUAACUGUUGCCGAGAAUCAACGUAUUUAUUUUGUUUGUGAAAUGGAAGGUAAUCCCCUCCCAACAGGAGAGAUCUUCAAUCAUAAUCAGUUAGAUAUACAAAAGUACGCUAAUAUUUCGGCGAAGUACGCCAGUUUCUCUGCAACAUUUGUAGCGACAUGUCUUCAUGGAGGUGUGUAUACAUGCAAUGGUAUCAACGAAUUGAAGAAGCAUUCGGAGGAAAACAUUACUCUUCAUGUAACAUGUUCCCCAAGGCCAGAUGCCUCGGUACAGUUAAACACCGUGAUAACGACUACAGAGAAUGUUCCAGUCGUUUUAAGUUUUACUGCAAUAGCAUAUCCUACACAUAUCAAUGCAGUAUGGACGAAAUUGGUCAGAACGUCAUGGAUAACUGUAAACGAAAGCGAAGACAUAUCGAUUUAUCAGUCUGGAUUAAAAUUUGAAUUAUUUAUACAAGAUAUAUCGAAGUCAGACUUUGGGCAGUACAAACUUAGGAUUUAUAACACCGUCGGGUCUUACGAGCAGCUGUUCAGUGUAGAACCUUUAGGUUCAACAACUGGUUCGGGUACAAGUUCUUCAAACACAUCAGCUUUCGUUGGUGUAGGUGUUGGUGUGUGCAUUACAACCCUUAUUAUUGUCGGCAGUUGCUUCUUCGUUUAUAAAUAUCUGAGACGAAGACAAAUGUGCCAGCAAAACAAUCCACGCGGACAAACGGAUAGUUCUAACGGCUCGACAGGAUACGCGACAGAAUGCGACCAGAUUUCGAUGUCAGAUUUAAACAAGACAGAACAUAUGACAGCCAGAAUUGAAACUAGAACAGAUACUGAAUCAUCACUUCAAUAUGAAAAACUGAAUGACAGUCAAACAGGAGCAAAUCAGUACAGUCAGCUACAAGAUGUGUACGUUUAUGAACAGAUCGAUGGUGCUACAAGAGACACGAGCGUUGAAAAUAAGGAAAGGAAACGGGACAUUCCAGAAUAUAUCAAUAUCAAAAUAUAAUAUAUCAAAACUUAACAUAUAUAUUUACUCAAUGUGUUAAGACCGGGUUAGGAAAUAUUUUAUAAUUUGUUUAUUGAUUUAUUGUUUAGUUUCAAGUAACAUAAUUUAGGUCAAGUGGCGACUUUAUCAGCUAUUGAUGGUGGCGGAAGGCACCGGGUUUUGGUGUCAAAGCACAUAGAUAGAACCACCGACCUUCCAUAAGUCAGCUAGAUGACUUCUUCACUGUCAUGAAUAAUUCCAGGCCCAAUUCGAGGUUUAAGCCAAUGACGUUGACCUUAAGCACUCGAUCAUUGAAGCCUCGUGUUAUGAUUUAACCCUUGAAGUAAUCGUUUUGGCUGUUUUUAUAGUUGUUUUCUACGAAACACCCGUUAAGUGUAACAGUUGUGCUGUUAAAAUUAAAUUAAUAGAAAAUAUGCAUAAUAACAUGAUUAGAAAAGCACUACUUUAGAUUUUAUUUUGUAGUAAGAGCCAUUAGGGGAGGUAAUAACAAAAACGUAAUCAGUGAUAAUUUCUGAUACAAAAAGGUCAAAUAUCGCCGAGAAGAAGUUAUAUUGAAAACAUAAAUCGAAAAACAUCUUUAAAAUAUUUAUGCAAAGAAAUAAAAUAUUAACUAGAAAUGUGUCCAUGGGACACAGAUGCCCCCACUACGUGACAAAGGACACAGAUCACCUUUUGGAAAACAAUACGCACGACAAAACAUUAAAAUGACAGUUCUUUCCUAGGUCAGGGGCCAUAACUCCUACGAGUCUGAAUGAAUCCGGACGCGAAAGCAAAGGUGCACAACUGCACAUGAUGACCAACAUUCCUGUAAAUUUUGGUGACUCUAGGUCAAAUACUUUUGGAGCUACGCGCGACACAACAUUAAAAUUACCAUUUUUUAACUAAGUCAGGGGCCAUAACUCCUACACGACUGAAUGAAUCCGGAUGCGAAACCCCAGGUGCACAACUGCACAUGCUGACCAACAUUCCUGUAAACUUUGGCGACUCUAAGUCAAAUACGUUUGGAGCUACGCGCGACACAACAUUAAAAUGACCAAUUUUUAACUAAGUCAGUGGCCAUAACUCCUACACGACUGAAUAAAUCCGCACGCGAAACCCAUGGUGCACAACUGCACAUGCUAACCAACAUUCCUGUAAAUUUUGGUGACUCUAUGUCAAAUACUUUUGGAGCUAGGCGCAACAAAACACUAAAAUGACCAAUUUUUACAAAGUCAGGGGCCAUAACUCCUACACGACUGAAUGAAUCCGGAUGCGAAACCCCAGGUGCACAACUACACAUGCUGACCAACAUUCCUGUAAAGUUGUGUGACUCUACGUCAAAUACUUUUGGAGCUAGGCGCGACACAACAUUCUCGGAAGGACAGACGGACGGACGGACGGACAAGGGCAAAUCUAUAUUCUCUCCCACAAAGGAGAGGACGGGGGUGGGGGGCAUAAUAAGUAUCAAUGAUAAGCAAAAUAGAUGUGAAUAUCUAUCAAGUUAAGAUUUUACGAAAGAUGCCUGUCUGUUAUACAAUGGACAAACAACUCGUUCAAAGAUUAUUAACCAGUUAUAAAAUAUUCUUGAACCGCCAUUUUCCUCGACUUUUUAAUGAUUUAUGCAGAGUUACAUGCACAUGUUUUAUUAUGUGCAAGUCUGUCAAUACGUAUGAUGCUAUGAUGCUAUGUAGAUAUUUUGUAUAAAGGCAAUACAAUAUACUCAUUGCACAGUACUAGUAUGUCUGAAACUGUAAAACCUUUAAGAUAUAUGUUUACAGACAUUUUACACUUGAAGUACCUGUUCAAAAAACAUAAAGACGCGUUUAAUACUUAAAAUAAUACGUAAGUACUCUAUGAAAAAACAAAACAACAACAACAAAUUAUUUACCCAAUGAGUGACCUAUGAGUUUUAUAGACGAAUUAUUAAGGGAACGAUUUGUAAACAACUAAAUAUUCUUGAAUAUAUCAAACUUUUCUGUAGAAUUGGUUUGGAAGAAAGUAUGUAUAUAAUAAUAGAUAACUGGUAUACAAUACACAUAUGGUCACCGUGAUUUCUUACAUGAUAUUUACAGCGUGUUCGUUUUCACUUGUGAACGUAUAACUCGUGCCGUAAGUUCUGCCAUACAAUUCCAUUGCUCGUAUUUACAACAAAAAGUUGAAGUCGAUUACAAACUCAUUAACAAUCAUUAUUUUCAAGUUGUCCCGACUUUAGGUAAUAAUGGUCUUUACAUAGAAAUCGGUAUUGACUUUUAAUUAUCUUAGAAGUUGGUGUUUCUGAACUCCGCUUCCCUACAUGAAUCAGGGGUGUGGAGGAUGAAUGUUUCGGACACAAUGUCUUAUCAAAUCGUCACGGAGAACAUACGCCCCGCCUAGAGAUCGAGCUCACGGCCCUACGAUCCGUAGAUCUGCGCUUUCCCUAUUGACCUAAGCGGACAACGCUUCGUUUAUCACAGCGAAUAAUACUAUCUUGGUGCCCAUAUUCAAUAUGACAUUGUAUAAAUGGAGUGUUUUAGUCAUUGAGUGAGAUGUAUAUACAGAUCGAUGACAUAUUCUAAUCUGUUCAGUAACAAACAAGAAAGUGGUUAAUAAUCAUUCUAGCAUAAACUGCUGUUAUUUUCACUUAUUUUUGGGGGAUGUUUUAACAGCAGAGAAAACGUGUGUUAACAGAGAGAUUCUCGCGCUCGCAUGCUGUUACAACACCUUUUUAUAUAUGCGCGUUUCAUGGCAAAGCGUAAAUGCAUUACGGCCAUAAAAUGGAUAAUUCUAAAGGAAAUGGCGUCAACGUGAAAGAAAACAACGUAGACUUUACCGCGCAUUUCAUGGAACUUUAAUGACAUUGAGGGAUACUACAUUCAUUUACUUGUUUUUACACGUUUUAUGCUAGAAUAGCGUUAGCGCAUGUUCUUUUUGUGUUAAAACAUCUUCAGAAUCCCUCCGGAAUCGUUGGCACCCUCGCCCGGGAUUCCGCAGACAUUAUAACACGAAAAAACAUGCGUUAUCCCUACAGAAAAGUAUUUUUUAUAUCAUUUGAAAGAGUUGUGUCUGCUGAACAAGAAUUAGUAAAUAAGAGUACUAUAAAUAAUAUGGAAGAACAAUGACAUACAUGUAUUACAUUCAUGUUUUUGACUGUGAAACUAUGAAUCUUACACCCCAAUAACUGGAUUUCUGUUUAAAUAUCACUGAAGACUAAAAACUAAAAUUUCUACAACAUAUUGUUGUUGGUAAUUUUUUUCAGUAGGCAAUACCCUUUCAAUUUUUACCAAAAUUAUAUUUGCUUACCAAUCAAUAUUUGCUUAUUUUAACAGCACUGUUAUAAAGAACUUGCUUUUUAUGGAUCGAAUUCCAACCUAUUUGAUGUAGGCUCGCAUUGAGUGUACAAUAUACGGACUUAAGGUAAGGGAUAGGGUUAACCUAGGUUUAUAGUGCACCAUUCAGUACGCGUGCAUGUUCAAUGUGGGAGACAGAACGUUUUGGUUAUACAUAAAAGCAACCAACAAGCCGAUUCACAUUCAGCAGUGUUAGGAACGAUAACCAUGGUGAUACAACUCAACAAAAGAAACACAAAGAAUUAUUUGAGCCGUGCC